GCACAGACAGGAACAAAAACCACUCCGGUAAAUUCCGUGUAGCUCUGUGGGCAGAUUCAUUACUCUGAUUUGAAUGAUUUGUGAUGUGUUUAUAACACAACCAGUUGAGUAUAAAGAGUCAGUCACAAAGUAGUCAACUGGUUGGUUGAAAAAAUAUCCUGGUCUGAAUUUGUACUUUCUGAACCCAAACAUUUCAUCUCUGGUUUUUAAAAUGGAUGCCAAACUAGGCAUUACAAGAAAAUACGAUGAAACUCGAUAUACUGAAUGUCUUUAAUCACCGAGAGUAUAUAUGAGCACUGGAUGAAUUCAUUUGCUUUAUUCCGGCUUAUAAAUACAACUUUAUUGUCCUGCUUAUACGUUUAAUUCAGCAGCGUCUCUGGGCUGUUUUAAUAUGCAGGCAAUUAAGUUUGUCUUCUUUCAUGCAAUACCUCCCGCCUACCACUUAACUCGAUUUUUCAUUCUUUUACCGUCAGCUUUAUACGUUAAAUUGUCCGUUGUCGGUGGGGAUCGCCUCAUUCAGUUGAGGCCAGCAGGGAUUUGGUUGCGCACAUACCACUCAGUGCUAAAUUUAGGAGCGUCGGCAUUAGGGGACCGUGCACGCGCUGCAGAGUCCGCUGGACCCCGGCGGCCGCGCGUCACCCCCUAGGCAAGAUGCGGAAGCAGAGAGGGACAUCUCCCCAGCCUCGUGACACGACCUUAAUGUCAUCUUCAGACGUCAGCUGCAUGCCAAGUCAGCGGGCUGCCACAGGGAGCCGAGCUGAAAGCCUGUCGAGUUGGACCACCUGCAGAACCAGCUUUGCCAUGUGUCCAGGAACUCGACUCCGAAUCCAGGUGGACCAGCUGGAGCACGAAGUGCGUGAAAGGCUGCGAGGCGGGGGCUCCGCCCACCUGCGACACCUGUUCAGCAACAACGACCGCAAGGGGCGGGGCCAGAUGGACAGAGACUUGCUGCUCCUGGUUCUCACUAAGUUCCUGGGUCGGUUCAUCAGUGUCAGACAGUUCCGGCAGCUUCUGCUCAGACUGCACCUGGCAGAGAAGCCGCUCAUCACCUACGAGGAGCUGCGUGCGGUUCUGGGGGCACCAGUUGGCACCCGGUCCCAAGAUGCGAUCGGACCCAUCCAGCAGCCCACCGGCGCCACCUUGUGGACCUCCUCCCAGGUCCAUUCACUCCUGCGGGGCCCGGAGCAGAGCAGAUUUCUGGAUGCGGUAGAAUCAUUGCAGUCGAAAGGCAUCGAGGGGUCCAGCUGGAUCACAGCUGCACAGCUGAAGAAGAUUUUGGAAGAACUUGGUCUCUACAUGGAGAGUCAGGACUUCAUGAAGCUGUGGAAGAGAUAUGACGAAAGCGGACUGGGAGCCAUCAAGAUAGAGUCGAUGUUGAAGAAGCUUGGAGCCAAUCUCAGAAAGAGGCCAAAUUCUGGUGGAAAUAUAGGCGAACGAGUCUCCAAGGAGGCUGACUGUGCACAAACAGACCCCAAGCGGAGCCUGUCCAAAGCCGAGGAGGAGAGGCGGGGCUCCGUGGCCGUGGAGAGAUGGCUGAAGGACAGAUUCAGGGAGAGCGUCCAGAACCUGAAGGCUGAGUUUGACAAACUGGAUCCUGACAAAACCGGCAAAGUGCAGCCUGAGGGUUUCCUGAGGGUGCUACGUAAGUUCAACCUGCACCUGAGGUGGAAGCACCUGGGCCUCUUCCUGGCCAGAUGCGGCCUGGAGGUCCAGAGGACUGGCAUUGAUUACCCAGAGUUCCUGAGGCGCUUCCAGGACCGGGGCGAUGAGGGCGUCUUGCAGCGGAUCCUGUCUGACCCGAAGCACAAAUUCCACAAGGGUGGUGGCACUGGUCAUGCCUCCUCAGUGACAGUGGCCGAGGCCCGGCUGGCCCACCUUUUCCAGUCAGAGUACCUGGGGCUCCUGGAGGCCUUCAGGAGCCUAGACAAGUAUGGCAAGAAGACAGUGAGCCAAGAGGAGUUUCGGGCAGUUUUGGAGAGCAGGUACCCGCCUUGGUGUCCCUCCUGCCAGUGUCCCUCAUUCUGGUUUCAGCUGGUGAUGACCGACCCCCAGUUUGAACAGCUGCUGGACAGCCUGCCCCUGGACGAGGACGGAAAUGUCCAGUACGCCCUCUUCAUGGCCCCCUUCGACACACGGGGUGGAGCAGCGAGUCUCUUUGAACCCCAGGCCAAGGUGGGCGAGAGCCAGGAGGCGGCCCGGGAGGAGCCAAGGGAGGUGGGCCAAGAUAGGAGUAACGCUGAGCUGUUCAGGAUCAUUAAGAACCUGAUCAGACAGGAUUUCCAGGCGCUGCAAGGAUCUUACGAGCAGAUGGACGCGGCAAACACCCGACGCAUGAGCCAGGAAACCAUGUUUCAGCUGCUCCGGAAAUUCAAUAUCCAGCCCGAAGUGAGCCGGGGGGAAAUCCGGCGCCUCUGGGGGACGCUGCUCACCAACCGGGACCACACGCUGGACUUCCUGCACUUCGUGCGGCACUUUGGCCACUCCCCCAAGUCAGCUUGCUUCCCCAACGCCAAGGUUAGUCCCCCCCGGUGGGGGGACGCGGACCGCCGGCGGCGCUCCAGGAAGCUGAACGCUGUCUAUGACAUCCUGGCGGACAACGUGCGGGCCAAGGUCGAGCUCUUGCACCACGACCUCCAGGGUGAGUUUGAGGACCUAGACCCUUACAGGACCGGGUUCAUCAGCCGGGAGGAGUUUGGCCACAUCCUGAGAGACCUCUGCUCCCAGCUCACUCGGCACGAAUGUGACAUCCUGGGAGAGAAGUUUGACAUUAACGGCGACGGUAGGGUAUCCUACAUGGAGUUCCUGAAGCCGUUUGCGUCACAAGAGAGGGGGCACCCAUGCGGCUCCAAUAUGGCUGUCGUCCUGCACUCCUCCCAGGACUCAGGGGGUCCGCCGGCAGAGGAGACCCCUCGGGGGUCCGGCCCGAGGCUGAAGCAGCGGAGGGAGGUUCGGGCACUGCGUAGAGCUUUCCGGAAGCUAGAUGGCACAGGACGCGGCCUUCUGCCCACCACCGAAUUCCGAGCUGUCCUCAAGCUGCACGGAGUCGCCCGGGACGACGAGGAGGCGACCGGCACGCUGGCGCCGUACCAGCGGGGGGGCAGCGGGCUCGUCGACUACAGCAGGUUCCUGCGGGAGGCGUGCGGGUGGCGGGCAUGCAGGAGCGCCGCCACCAGCUACUCCACCUCCACCUGUACCUCCCUCUACACCUCCACCCGCACCUCCACCUGCGAGUAGCUGGAAUGCUGCUGCAGUACCAUUUCCGUGGAACUUUCCAUCGGUCUUUUCACAUGGUUUGGGUUAUAGGUGUACUACAGUAAGUGUCUGCUUUUACCAGAACUGGUAAGAGAGAAGGGAGAUAUCAGUCUAAAUUCAGAUACAUAUAUAGUCUAAGAUAUACGAUUUUAAUUAUCUGGGUAAUUCCUGAUACAUGUAUAACCUUAGAUAUCUAAAUUCAGAUACCUUUGUAAACAUUAGAUAUACAUUAGUGUAGAUAUAUCUAAAUUCAGGUACAUGUAUAACAUAACCUUAGUGCUCCUUAGCCCGGUCCUGGGGGCCCUCAGGCAGGUCACAUUUCUGCUACCGUCUGGCUCCCUUCUGCCUAUUAACCUGGCUCACUUUUGUGGUCACACAGGAAGAUGCUAGACCGAGGGAUGCAGUAAAUAUCUUUGCACGCUGCAGUGGUG